AUGUCGACAGUGUCCGUUGUGAACUGCGUGUCGCCCGUGUCCCUCCGCACGUGCGGCUCUUCCAAUGGGAGCCUCCUCCAAAGAAGAAGGCAGCUCCAGCGAACCUCGUCGGUAAAGCGGCAGUUCGCAAGCCCGUCACGUGAUGACGAUUUCCAGUUACACUGCCGCUCGCCAGUACCAGAAGGGUUGGAGCGCUCUCUGGUCGCCUCGCCGCUAUAUAGCCCGGUCCCCCAGAGCCACAUGUCACCCUAUAGCCGCUGUAGAUCUUCCGCUCUGGUGAACAAGAGCGCCUCUUCGUUCUCCAGCCCUUCACGUGAUGAGGAUUUCAGAUUACAGGGCCGCUCGCAAAUACCGGGGGGUUUGGAGCGCACUCUGGUUGCUUCGCCGCUCCUCAGCCCGGCUCCCCUGAAUCCUUCCCAUCUGGUUAACAAGACUCCAUCCUACUCGUCGGACGGGAUGAGCGAGGAGAACCUUGAUGAUCACAUGAACGGAGUACAUGACUCCUCAGAUCUAUGUAUAGUCGGCUCGAAACCCUACAAAGAGUCGAAGGAAAGGAUCCUUCCAAAAAGUGUUUGCCCUGGACAAAUACAGACGGCUUCUCCUGUCAUGAACCUUCUGCCCGGGGACAUGCUGGAAGUCGAGCGCUCGCGCAGCGCCUCCCCUUGCAACCCGCCAUCCAGCCCAAUCAAUUACCGGCUUUCAUUAGAAGGCUUUGUUGUCGGCGGCAAAAAACUGUCGUACCCAGAACGUGACCAUAGUAUGGGGGUUGGAAAUAGCCCUGAUUUCCGUCCUGGGUUUGUGAGGGCGGCGCCGCAGCACUGCGGGAAGUGUGAGGGCCGGAUGAUGAAGCAGGAACAGUCACAGGUCGUCCUCCACCGCAGGUUCAGUCAGGUCAUUAACACAACACGUCUGCUACGUAGCCGUCACGACAUGAGGACCGUAAACGACGUUUGCCAUGGAGCCACGCCGCCGUGUUCUCACACACCAAGCAAAGGCUACCAUAGCAGUAUGUCACACUUCACCGGAUAUGACGUCACCAGCACAUGCACCACGUGCUCGAACGUAGAUGAAAAGCCGGCAGUAAAAUUUGAAAGGGCAAAAUCCGUUUUUGAAAUUAAUUCGGAGCGGCGGAAGGAGAAACAGGAAGAGUUGCGCGCGCGGCAACUUGAGCGGGAGAAGCGGAAGGAAGAGCGUAGAUACGAGGAGCUCUUGCGUCUGUACGACAAGAUAAGCUUGAAGGAGGAGCGCUCAAAGGCGGCGAUAAUAAAGAAACGCAGCCGCCUGGCGUUUACAACCGUCAGGCCAGUGGCUCCGGCAGAGGAAGAUUUGGGGCGUAAUAAACCGGCUCAGGAACCAGACAAACAAAUCCCGAGCAACAGUGUCAGUCGACAGAACAGUGAUGCCAAAGAAGAAUUUGACGUCACUGAAAUAUGUCCUUCCGCUGACGUCCCGAUUGACGAAUCGUCUGUCUUUACCACGCCGAUACAGGAGUCUGACUCCGAUAUUGAAACACACAGUAAUUUAUCCAUCGAGUCAUAUAUGUCAUAUAUGCAACUUUCUUCAGCAAAAAAACAACUAAGAACGCUAUCGACACACUCACUGAAUAUAACUCUUGGAGCGACUGCAUAUGUCGUCAAUUGUCAAGAGGUUGACGGAUAUGCUGACGACCAGAACCUGAUACGACGUUGCUUGAGCGACAUAUAUACCUUUUCACGCAUAUCUCGUGAUGCGGAGAGUGGCGUAUCUGAUUUCCGGUUGAACCCUCUGGGAGUUUUCAACGAUACUGAGAGUGGUAUACUCCGUAGAUUCCAGCACAGAAGUAGCAUGACACCAACUAUUCCUCUAAUAAGUAACAUUGGGAGAAAUCGAUGCAACACAAAUGAAUACUGUGUAACGAGUGACGUUGAGCCGAACGAGCGUGAUGAGUCAUUGAUGACCCCACACGACGUCAGUUCAGAAGAAGCUCAUGCGGAGCUGGAGCAAUUGGCAGAAGACCCGACAACCACUUCUGCGCAUGUCCUUGGAGAGGAUAUCGACAGAGAUGACGCUAAUAAGAACACGUGCCGGCCUUUCUCUUUCAGCACGAUGACGUCCACGAUGAUCGUGCCCAGUCCCCAGGUCCCUUGCUCCCAGUGGGUGUCCUUCAACGCCGACAAUGAGCCGGUCCUCAACACCGCGCCGCAAGUGGACGACGGAUGCGACACAUUCCUCAAGCGCCUUCAGCGGACACGCGUACAGAACCCCUCAGAUUCGAGCCUGCCGUCCGGCCAGCAGUUCUGUUUCGAGGCGAUGGUGGACAAGCGCUACAACCGAUGGAAGCGUCGGCGCCGGAAGAAGAACGGAGACCUCCGCCGCAUCAACACUGUCCCCUGCCUCAGCGAGAGCUCUGACGACAAUGACGAACGAACAUCCGCGGUUGAGCGUAUUUUGGACAGUAUGUACGAACAGAUUCACGGGCCCGCCCCUCACACCCCAAACGGAACACGCGACACCCCGCGCAUACGCAACAGAAGGCGGCGGAAUCUGGAUGGCGACGGAAACUGCACUCCAACCAGCCAGGGCGGCAACUCGGAUGAGGAGAGCGGCUCCAUACCCCUCCAUUAUGACGCCAGCGAGGAGUGGACGUCAUCAACCGACGUCAUCGGCGUCAGCUCGUCGUCAGGGCAACAGCCAGUUCAUCAAAGCAACAGCCAAAACUACUUCACUUACACCAACACUGACCGUUGUUCUAAAUACGACGAUUCAGCUAAAGAUGGGAAGCUUACCAACAAGUGUGCUCUAUCAGACGGCCACUGUGGCUCAGUACGCGUGGACCUUUGUAACUGGCCACACCUUGAACAGUACAAACAACAGAUCAUGGAACGGAUACAAAAAACUUCAAGAGAAGAGUUGGACCAGCGGGAAUGGCUUCCGGACAUCGGCAAUAACUACGACGAUGAAGCAGACGAUAACGGGAAUGACGGCAUCGAUGAUGAGGCAGACGACAGUGAGAAUACCCUUACAGGGGAAGACAACAAUGAAAUUAUGAUCAGCAUCUCCCAAAUCGCUCCAUCGGAGCCACCCAAGCGGCGUGCGUACCAGGAAGUCGUCAAAGAAUCGGAAAGAGAUCCAAAAAGAGCUCCGCUACAGCGACUGGCCCCCGCCGUGAACACAUACUCAUAUACGAAAUGGUCCAGCCUGGAGGCCAAGAACAAGAAGUCGGUGACAGCUGGCGCUGGUUCCAGGCCCCUGUCACGGUCCAGCUGCCAGACGUUAAGCGAUAUGGGUACUGACCCCCAGAGCCGGACACCGAAAGCGACUCCUAAGCGGGGCUCACUCCCACAGAAUACUAGGCCGAUCAAGACAGUGAAUAGUUUCAACAAAAAUAAAUCAAAACGCGAGGUUCGGAAGGAGCUAUACGGAACCCAAAAGCAGAACCUCAACCUCCCCUCCCUCGGCAAAAACGAGCGCGUGCAGACGAUCCCAAUACACAGCAGACGAGACAGCGUUGUCAGUCUCCAAGACGCCCGGAAGAAAACAUCCCUUGCGACACCUGAAAGCGGCGGUAACGAGGCUCGCCCUCGCACACAGACCACGGACGGCGGACGGACGGCCGCGGCUGAACGGAGCGGCCAGCCAGUGCCCGACUUCCUUUUCCGGGACUUCUACCUCCGCCAGCUGUACGGGAAGAAGGUUCGCGUCAACUCACAUGUAGAGUCUUACAAAAAUGGUGGGCGACUUCGGAAAUCAUUGACAGUAGACGGGCUCGAAUCGGGCGGCCGGAAAUUCCCUCGAAAGGCGGUGACGGACGUUGCGAAACCCUCGGAGCUACGGUUCACGCGCGCGUUUACCUUCUCAAUGUUUAAUCUCCCGGAAAUGUACCAGCUCUACAACACCAGCCUGGAAGGACGGGCUCUGGGACAGGGCGCAGACCUGUAGACGCG